AUGGCGGCGAUUGUCGAUUACUCUGAUAGUUCCGAAGAUGAUGUAGAGGAAAAUGAUGAGAGCACAGACUUGACAAUCAUGAAGAACACAAAGAAACACAACAUUAGUAAAAUCACCACGGAUAACACAGUUUCGUUUGACAAGCCUUCACGGAAGAAAACGAAGUUGCUAAAAACUCCUUUACCUGUGCCAGAAGAAGUGCUAGGAAUGUUUGGAAAACCUCAAUCAGACAUCCACUGUGACCCAGUGCAGCACAGUGGUAGGAAACGAAGCUUUGCUCACAUGGAAGGAAACUGGGCAACAUUCGUCUAUGUUCCAUACAACGCUGAUGAACAUUUGUUGAGACUGAGAGAUGAUCUUUUUAAAUGUCUGAGACCAUAUGGAGAUUUUCAACCAAUGGAUGAUCACCAUAUUAGCUUGUCCCGGACUGUGUCUAUACGACAUCACUGGAUUGAACCAAUGCUGGCAACCCUGCGAGAAGGCAUUCAGUCAAGAUUCAUUGAAAGUUCAUUCUGUAAGAUCUAUGGUGUUCACAUAUACACAAACGAUGAGAAAACUAGGUCUUUCCUUGGAUUGAAGAUACAAGACGUUUCAGGUGUUCUAACUAAAGUCACUGAAGUUGUGAACGAGACCUUCUCAGACUUCAGACUCCCUCCUUACUAUGAGGAUGCCUCUUAUCACUUGAGUGUGGGGUGGGUGCUAGAUGACAUCACCACUUCGUUAUCCACUCAUGUGCACACUGAACUUCAGGAGGUCAUGGAUUUAUAUUUGGAAGAUGAGCCAGCCUUAAAGUCAGCUGACAUUUGUGAAAUCUGUCUGAAGACUGGCAACAAAAUCUUUGCUUGCCCUCUGUCAUCUAGAUGACACUAAUGACUGUAGGACAAUUAAAUUUUAAUUCUGUCUAUGUUAAAGUGAAACAAAACAAAAAAAAAUAAGUCUCAGUAGAAAGGCGAGUGCAAACUUUAUGCAAAACCACAUUUAUUUACAUAAAUAACCUAAACUUUUGUUCCUAUCUAAGUUGGUCAUUUGUCAUGAUUCUGAGAGUUCUGUUGAUCGUAGAAAGGUACUUUGUGGUUUGUUUGGAAGGUAACAUGAUAUUCUACUUGGAAUAUUUAAGUUUCUGCAUCAGAUUAUGUUUUUUAUUUGAUUGUUGUUUUUCACCGUACUCCAGAAUAUUUCACUUAUACGACAGUGGCCAGCAUUAUGGUGGGAGGAAGGGGGAAGAGCCCGGGGGGAAACCCACAACAACCUGCAGGCUGCUGGAAGACCUUAACACAUAGGGCUGGAGAGGAAGCCAGCAUGAGCUGGACUUGAACUCACAGUGACUGCAUUGGCGAGAGGCUCCUGGAUCAUAGCACUGCACUGACCACCUUGGCCACAAAGGCCCCUUUCUACAUCAAAAGUUAUAUUUUAUGACAUAUAUUUGUCUCAGAAAAUGCACUCUUUCGGCAAAAUUAUCGGUCAUGUACAUUUUUCUUUUGACUGACUGAUAAUAUGCAUUCAGAUGUUUGAAUUCUAAGUUGGGC